AUGACUCGAAAAAACUCAAACAUUAAACAUUUAAUUAAUACUCUUAAUUCACCUAAAUCAACUCCAAACCAGAUUAAAAAUACAUUCUUUAAGUAUUUUGAAAGUACCAGAGACUAUUAUAAACGUCGGCUUAACAAUAAAGUGAUAACACAUGAAGAAUACGAAAAUUAUGACAAACUUCUUGAUGCUUUAAAAGCUCAAAUAAAAUUUAUGAUCACCAAAAUUAUAAGAUUAGAAGGAAGGAUCAACAGAUUAGAUAAUAAUGAUAUUAAUUUUUUAACCGAAAUAAAUUUUUUAAAAAAAGAAAAUCAUGAUUUAAUAAAAGAAAACGAAACCCUAAAGAAGGAAAAUGAAGCGUUCAAAAUUGUCAUCUCACAUUCAGCUGGGAUAUAUAGGAAUAAUGAAGAACAAUAUGAAAGAACGAUUCAACGACAAAGAAAUGAGAUAAAUUGCUAUCAUCAAAUUUUUCAAGUAUUCGCCUCUUACUGUCAAGAAAAUAGUAUUGAUUGUAAUAUAAUUAAUUCUUUUUUACAACUAAACGAAAUUGAUACUCGAAUAUGUUAUUCAAGUUUUAAUGAUGCCGUUAAUGCAUCAAAUAAUUUGAAAAAAGUUGAACUUAAUCAGAACGAAACAGAAAUUGAAGAAUCUUCUCAUCUACAUCGAACAUUUUCUUUUAUUGAAAUCGAAGAAAAUGAAACCAUCCAGGACGACGAAGGAGAAUGCUCCAAAUUUGUAAAAGGAAAUAAUAAUUUUGAUUGA